CUCCAUUAUAACUUCCGUAGAACGUGUUAUCAAUUAUAUAGGGUAUCCUAAAGCUUCUACGGAUGGUGUUACAGUAUGUUACAAUAAUAUGUUCUUACAGGGCCCAACAGGGCAUCAUAGCUGCCACAGCAAUUCAAACCGACCAGGCCUCUAUUCCUCUCUCUCAAGCGUAUCCCUAAUCCUAAUCUGCCACGACUUGAACCGCCCCGGCGCAAACUCAUUCAUCGUCCACAGCAAAUGAAUCGGUGUCCUCUGCGCCUUCUGUUCCCUCGAAAACAAAUACCUAGCCUGCAUCUGCUGGAUAUCAGUGACAACAUCCAGCGUCUCCUCAUCAAGCUCUAACCCGGACUCCUCCAUCUCCUCAAGCAGUCUGAUGACACCGCUAAAGUCGUCGUACUGGAACCAAUAGAUCCGUAGCAGCUCAUUGUAUAAUGCCGUCGUUCCACCGAGAACGUGGGAGACGAGACCUAGAGAUUUGAUUCGGGGUAGCACGUUACAUGCUAGAGGCGAAUGUUUCGCGAACGAGUGGUGCAGGAGACGUAAUCCGUAGAGAAGGUAUGAGGCGUACAACGGGAAAUAGAGAUUUAUAUCCAGUGGCUCGGGCGCUGGCGUCACACCCGUCAAUUUCCCUGCCGCUGUCUCUACCGCCUUCUUGGAAGAUUUGCCACCCUUCUUCUUAGGACGCGGCGCUGCUGGGGCCUUCCUUUCCUCGAGCCCGAGCCGUGGAAUGAGACUGAAGACCUCCUUUUCCAUGAUCGCCCAAAGAGCUAUAUCCGUUGGCGCAGCGCGCAUUGCGGCUUCUACUCUUUCUUGCUCCUGUUGUCGGAACUCCUUGUACUUGUCGACCGGUUUUUCUUGAGGGCGUUCGCUUGUCCGAGACGGCUUUCCUUCCAAGCCAAGCGCUCGUGCGGCAACGGCUCGGAGGGCUAUGGGGUACUGCUUCAAUGUAUCGAGGUUCUUCUCGCGGGGCUGGCUUGUGAAGAGGGUGUUUUGUGGAAGGCGUACAGCUUCUUCCAUGAUCGAGUGGAGUUUCUCUCUUGCAUUCUCUUUGUUGACCUCAGACAGGUCGACCAGCGAUUGUUCCUGAGGUCUGGUACUCUGCGAACGAGCGUAGAUGUCGGAAAAGAUGCGCUGGAAGGUGUCUCGUUCUUCUAGUGUUAUCGUAGACUCUCCCGGCCUCCUUGAUGACGGGAUAGUGAAGUCGGGUUCGCCCUCGUAUUCCGAGAACAUGUCUUCUUCUUCUGCGAAUGGGUCGUAGAACGUGGCCAUGUCGAACUGGAUAUCAUCGGCCUCAGACACUGGAUCGGUUGUCACUUUAUCCGUUGAUCGACCAAACGAUGGCGAGUCCCAUGGAAGAUCCUCCUCUUCCUCUACUUUGUUGGACUUGCGGUCUACAAUGUAUCUCCUAAUCAGAGGUCUGUCUUCUGAUAUGGGAGCCUGCGUGUUCGAAGGCGUGGCCGUGUCAGGGUCCUCUUUAUCGCUCCAGAGGGUCCUGCUGACCCUUAUACAAGAGCUAGCGUAGCUAUGGAAUAACUGGGAUCGACUUGGGCGACAAAGCAUCAGCCUUAGUGCUGGUUGUCGCAUUGGCUUCCUGCUGCUGCACAGUGUCCUGGUCUGGUACAGAAACGGCAUUGAAGAAGUCGCCGCUGAAUGAAUAGCCCUUGCGCCUUGGGAGGAUAUGUUGGAGGCCAUCGAUCGUUUUGAUCGGCCCAGCAGCGAGGAUGCUGCUCGAGGACACCGCUAGUUAUUUCAUCAACGUCUGAGGUGUACUUUGAGAAUUCGAGUGGCCGCGUCUGGACUGAUGAAUUUGGGACAACUUUUUUUGGAGCCUCUUGUACGGAGGUCCGACGUCACUUAAUUUACCAAUAGCGCAGUCACGUUCCUACGCGACGCGGCGCGCCGCGCCAAAGUCAUCUACAUUGCGCCUGAACCCGCGCCAUAUCCAUCGAUGCGCGCGCCGCUUCGUGAGACGACAUAAUUUGUACAAAUAUUCGAAUUAGAGACCAUUGUUGCCAUCAUGGUUAAAAGGGAAUCCGAAGAUUUUACCGCCACCACGGCCAAAAUGGAACCCAAAUAUUCCAAAAUGAGCGCCUUUGAGCGCAAGAGACUCGAGAAUAUCGCGGCGAAUCAAGCCAUAAUGAAGGAUUUGAGCAUAACAGCGAAGAAGAUCAUACCAAAGACAGCAGCCCCCAAGCCACCUCGAUCGAAAACACCAAGGAAACGAGAACCGCCUGUGAAAAGAGAGGCUACAAGGCCAACGAGAACCAGUUCGCGGAUUGCUGGGUUGGAGGCCGACGGCGAGGGAGCGAAGAGGAAAUUCGAAGAGGAAUUCCAAUCCGCACAGGAUGACGCCAAAGCGAAGAAGAUGAGGGUAGCGGGAGACCUCAAUUUAAGUGAUAUUGCGGUGGAGGGCAAGAAAUGGACUAAUGACGACAAUUUCCUGACUUCAAUCAUGAGAGGGGCACAGCCAUAUGAGAGGACGUUUGACGAUAGUGAUAUCAAAACUACUACGGAUCAGGAGCUAAAAUCUCUAAGAGAGAAAAUGAGUGGGCUUGAGUUAUACAAGACCUGGGAGCCAAAUGAUAUUAAAAUCACACCGGAGCGCAUAUACUCCAUGGGUUUUCAUCCCACCCAUGACAAGCCGCUUAUAUUUGCGGGAGAUAAGAUUGGAAACCUUGGACUAUUCGAUGCAUCCCAGAAAGGAGAGGUGGAUGAUGAUGGCGAUCAAGUUGAAGGGCCGGUGAUAACAGCAUUCAAGCUUCAUGCGCGAACGAUAACAUCACUCCUAUUUCCUCCGAAUCACACGGAGCUAUAUUCCGGUUCCUACGACUCCUCCAUUCGGAAACUUGAUCUUCAGAAGCAAGUUGCCGUCGAGGUUUAUGCGCCACCAUCGAUGGACGAUGACGAAGCAAUUUCUGCUAUCGACAUGAAUUCUAACGACCCUAACUUGAUUUACUUCUCGAGACUGGACGGAGCGUUUGGAAGACAUGAUAUGAGAACCCAGAAAGAUACCGAAAUAUGGUACGUAUCCGAGAAGAAGGUUGGCGGGUUCUCGUUACAUCCGCUUCACCCCCAUCUCGUGGCAACUGCCUCCCUGGAUAGGACGCUAAAGAUCUGGGAUCUACGGAAAUCUACUGGGAAAGGCGAAACUAGACAGCCCGGGCUCCUGGGCGAACAUACCUCACGCCUGUCGGUAUCCCAUGCAGCAUGGUCGUCCUCUGGCCAUGUGGCAACAAGCUCAUACGACGAUACAAUCAAAAUCCACUCCUGUACAAAAGCAAAAACGUGGGGAGUCGGGCACACAAUCUCGGAGGAAGAUAUGGAACCAUCGGCCGUGAUUAGACACAACAACCAGACUGGGCGAUGGGUCACGAUUCUGAAAGCGCAGUGGCAACAAAGGCCUGAUGAUGGGAUCGCAAAGUUUGUCAUUGGCAACAUGAAUCGGUUUGUCGACAUAUACACGAGUGAGGGAGAGCAGCUGGCGCAACUCGGUGGUGAUGGGAUUUCUGCUGUCCCUGCUGCAGCCGAGUUCCAUCCGACUAGGAACUGGGUCGCGGGAGGAACUGCAAGUGGUAAACUAUGCUUGUGGAUUUGUGAACUGCCGUGAUUGGGUUAAGUUAGGGUUAAGUUAGGGUUAUGAUAGCGUUAUGGGGCACUAGAUGUGGCUGGCUUUUGUCGUCUCUGUUCAAAGGACGCAUAAAUAGGGUCU